AUCCUUGGCUGUACAUAACCCUAUCAUGUUAAAAAAGCCACUAAUGUUAGCAAUCUGAAGUUUAUGGAUGCGACGGCCGUCGGGAAAGGAAAACGAGAAAUCUCGCUAAAUUCCGGUACGUCAUAAUCGGCAUGUAUUAUUACAGAGCGCAAUAACUGCUACUUUUCACUUCCACCACCAGCACCAAAUCCAUGAUGGAGUGGCUUCCAGUCGCUGCCAGGAAGCAAUCGCUUCUUGGAAGAAGCCUUUUGAACCGAACACGCCCAUUCCUCUCAUCGCAAGCAUCACGUCCUCAUUACGCCUUUCCUCCGAGUUCCCGACGCAUGAACUCUCGUGAGCGUACAACCGAGGCCGACAUAGACGGCGACGAAGAAGAACCUCGCCAGGUAUACCCUUUGUCGGGCUACUAUUAUGACAUCCUCGCAACCAAAUCUCCCUACCGUCGGCAAGCACCUACCUCGCGUCCCGUCCCCACGAAACCCGAUACACCAACACCAGCCUCCACGGUCGAACCGCAGUCCCCAAAGGACAAGAUGUCGAUUGUCUUCGGUAGCCGGCUUCAAACCCCCGGACGUUCGUCGCGAUAUGACGCAGGCAAUGUGCCUCCUGAGUCGAUGUGGAAAACUAUCAAUGGGGUUGCGAUCCCGCCGCGGCCGUCGGAACCGGAUAAUUGCUGUAUGAGUGGCUGCGCUCAUUGUGUAUGGGAUGAUUAUCGUGAUGAUAUGGAAGAAUGGGCCAAUAGGCUCGAUCACGCGAAGGCGAGGGGUGUACCGAAGACUCCGGAUAUGCGGCAGAAUAAGAGGGCCGAGGUUGAAAGUGCGAGUAUGAGUAUGGAUGAUGAUGGGGGUGGCAGCGAGGCAAAUUGGCCUGUGGAAGACCAAAAGGAGGAUAUAUUUGCCGGUAUUCCUGUGGGAAUUCGGGAGUUUAUGAGGACGGAGAAGAAGUUGAAGAAAAAACACCAGGAAGCUACAACAUGAGGACUGGGUUUAAGGGAGCGGAAGAAUGAAGAAAAGCUGAGCUCUUUGCCAUUUAAACUACUAUUUCGUUUUGUUAGAUACCCUGUGUAUAUUGGUUAGCAUUGUGAGGAGUCAUGUUCAUGGGUUGGAAUCUAUAGGAAUAUAUAAACUGUAUAGUGACAGGACCGAAGAAAGUGCGUGAAAUAAACGAAAUUGUUCAUAUAUACUG